ACGCAAUCUAAACUGUCAAUCAGAACUAAUAAAACGUAAAAUUGUGUAAUUUUAUUGAAAAACCUACAAAAAAAUUGAAAAAUGUUUCGUCUUGCGAAAAAUGUGGUUCCUGCACUCUCUAACUCAUUUUUGAGAAAACCAACAUUACAGGAAAAUGUUGUAAUUCUGGUUCAAAAUAACAGAUUACUUUCAAGCGUAGUUGAUGAUGCAAAAUUUAGUUUAAAACAUGAAGAAGUUGGUCGACCACUUUAUUUUGAUGCUCAAGCAACUACUCCUAUGGAUCCUCGAGUGCUAGAUGCAAUGUUGCCAUAUCUGGUUAGUUACCAUGGCAAUCCUCAUUCUCGCACACAUGCUUACGGUUGGGAGAGUGAAGCUGCAGUGGAGAAAGCAAGAGAGCAAGUGGCUAACUUGAUCGGUGCAGAUCCUAAGGAGAUAAUCUUUACAUCAGGAGCUACCGAAUCAAAUAAUAUUUCAGUUAAGGGCGUAGCAAGAUUCUAUGCACCACGCAAAAAGCAUGUUGUGACUACUCAGAUCGAACACAAAUGUGUAUUAGAUUCAUGUCGUGCUCUGGAAGGCGAGGGCUUCAAAGUUACAUACCUGCCAGUUGGACCCAAUGGAAUUAUCAAUUUGAAAGACCUGGAAGAUGCAUUAACUCCUGAGACUAGUCUUGUCUCUAUUAUGACAGUUAAUAAUGAAAUAGGUGUAAAGCAACCUAUUGCUGAAAUAGGUGCAAUAUGCAAAAGUAAGAAGAUAUUUUUCCAUACCGAUGCUGCUCAGGCAUUAGGAAAAAUCCCACUGGAUGUGAACAAAAUGAAUAUUGACUUGAUGUCCAUUUCUGGACACAAAGUAUAUGGCCCCAAAGGCAUUGGGGCAUUGUAUAUUCGUCGUAGGCCUAGAGUUCGUGUAGAGCCCAUACAGAGUGGAGGAGGACAGGAGAGGGGUAUGCGCAGUGGUACUGUGCCCACACCUUUAGUUGUUGGACUUGGUGCCGCAUGCGAGUUAGCGGAGCGUGAAAUGGCGUACGAUCACGCUUGGAUGGAGAAAUUAUCACAAAGAUUCUUAAACAAGAUCUACUCGAAACUUACACACGUCAUUAGGAACGGCGACCCGGAACAAACAUAUCCGGGCUGCAUCAAUUUGUCAUUUGCUUAUGUAGAAGGUGAAUCCCUCUUGAUGGCUUUAAAGGAUGUAGCCUUGUCAAGUGGCUCUGCUUGCACAUCAGCAUCUUUAGAACCUUCCUAUGUGUUACGAGCUAUUGGCACUGACGAGGAUUUAGCACACAGUUCAAUAAGAUUUGGCCUAGGCAGAUUCACAACAGUUGAUGAGGUUGAUUAUACUGCAGAGAAAACUACCAGGCAUGUGGAACGACUCAGAGAAAUGAGUCCUCUAUGGGAGAUGGUACAGGAAGGUGUGGACAUCAAAACUAUUCAAUGGUCUCAGCACUAGCUUCAUACAUUAUGUCUCUGUAAAUAGUGACUUGCUUUGCCCAUUUGUGCAAUUGAGAUAUUUAUUCCCCAAUCCUACUAAUGACAAAGUCUACAGUAGUAAGUGGGAACUUUGUAUAAAAGGAUAAUAAUUCCAAUCCUAGGUUUUAGAAAUAUUAGUGUUAUUGAGAUCUGCUAUAUAAAUUUUAUUAAUUAAAAAGUACAUAAUGCAAUUUUUCAUUGUUGAAAUAUGCUAUUAGUAAUAGUUACAUAUUUUUGCUAUAAAACGAUUCAUUAAUCAUUUUACGAACAAAACAAUUCAGCUAUUUUAUUCCAAAUAAACAUAGAAAUUUUAAGUUAA